AUGGUCUAUUUCCCUCAAAUGACCUCAGACCUUCCUGCUUCAUCCCAUGAAUUCCGCAGAGUUCUCUACACAGGCCUCUACUCCCAAGUCGUCCUAAUGAGCAUUCCCGUCGGCGGUGACAUUGGCGAUGAAGUCCACACAGUCGACCAAGCACUAACUUUCACCUCCGGCAUUGGUCUUGCCACCAUCAACGGCAAAGACCAAGUCGUUAAAAAAGGCGACUUGAUGGUGGUACCAGCAGGCACUCAACACCAAUUUGUCAAUACAGGGAAAGAACCACUAGUUCUAUACACGAUAUAUUCGCCAGCAGAACAUGUACAGACUACGGUGCAUCAUACGAAGGAAGAGGGUGAUGGAGGAGGAGGAAGGAACAAGGUCAGGACCACAACUGGCAAACCCAUAAUUGGUAAUCCUACCAAGAUUCCUCAGGUGUAG